AGGAGCAUUUUCUGAGCUCGUUGUGUGGGCGGAUAAUUUUCGGUGAUUAUUAAGUGAUGUUGUAAUUGCGGGUAUAGAUUAAUGCGUUAAAGUAAAUUAGAGUAUAAAUUUUAAAAGAAUUGAGUUUGGCCUAAGUCGAAUUAUAGAUCAUGUUGUAAGCUAUAAAGGGCAAACUUGAAAUUCUUUAAUUUCUCUUGUUAAAGUAAAUUAGAGUAUAAAUUUUAAAAGAAUUGAGUUUGGCCUAAGUCGAAUUAUAGAUCAUGUUGUAAGCUAUAAAGGGCAAACUUGAAAUUCUUUAAUUUCUCUUAUUAUUUUUGAAUAAUAGAGACGUAUAAGGUUAUGAAAUUAUAAUGAGGUCAUUUAUGCAUCUUAUAAGUACUCCCUAUGUAUAUGUACAGUUUCAUGUUCCUUUACGCGGCACUGUUAUGCUACAGUGACAAAAAGAAAAAGAGGGAGAGAAAAAAAAAAGAAAAAAGAAAACGUUUCUCAAUUUCUGUUUUUACAGCAGAAAUGAGAGAGUAAAAAAAAAUUCAUUUUGUUUUUAGCGUGAAAACUUUUGCGGUGGUGUAAAUGUACGUGGAAUCUGUUGUCCUCGCAGCAAUCGGCGUCCAAUUUUAGAGCGAGAGCGAGAGAGAGAGAAAUCAGAAAAAUGUGCGAUCGCAACGCAUCCCCGCCUUCCUCCUCGUCGGCGUCGAGCCGGUGCCGGAGCCGGCAUUCGGCGGAGGAGGAGGUCGGUUGCACGGGGAGAUCGUGCCAGUCGUGCACGGCCGGCGUGAUCGCGGACUGCGUCGCCGUCUGCUGCUGCCCGUGCGCGGUGGUCAACAUUUUCACCCUGGCCUUCGUGAAGCUGCCGUGGGCGGUGGCGCGGAGGUGCAUCGGCCGGCGGCGGGAGAGGCGGCGGCGCCUGGAGGAGGAGCGGCGGAAGCGCGAUGGGGCGACGACGUCGGAGAUCGUGGUGAAUAUCGGGGAGGAGUUGUUAAAUGACGAAUUUGGGGCUGAGUUGAAAGGGGAAGAGGUGUGGUUGGAGUUGUAUGAGUUGGGGCAUUUGGGUUUUGGUAGGGUUUCCUUUACGGGGAUUCCUUUCCAAGACAAGGGCGAUUAGGGAAUUUCGCUUCCCUUUUUCACAUUUCUUUCCCGAGGGAAAACCUUUACCAUUUUUUACGGUCUUCAUUGGUCCAAAUUCAAAGACCGUUUUACCCUUAUGGAUUCUGAAAGUAUAUGUGUAGUUUAAUUGAUGCCUGGUGGCCGAUUAGUACAGAAAGUUUCAAGAA